GGUGGAGAUAAGAGGCACCUGCUGCUCUUCCGGCUGAUCGAGAACAGAAACUGAAAGAAUAAAACAGUUUAGAGCAGAGAUCGUCGGUGAGAGGUUCCUUUCACCAUGUCGUCAGAUGAGGAUUUCUCCCUGGUGGCUGAACAAAAUGAAGACACAAUAGAGGGAAUCCAGGCUUUAAUCAAGGAUUACCAGAAAAAAUACUCUGUGAUCCUGGAGGAGCAGGAGGAUUUAAAGGUCUCCAUUAAGGAACGACAGGAAAUGACCCAAAAGUUCAAGGAACGCACAGAAAAAGUGACGGAGGGUCUGAAAAAAGACCAGAUCUCCUUCAAAGAACAGAUGGCAGCUGAAAAGGCCAAGUUGGAUGCCCUGAAGCAGGAGGACUGCGAACUCAUGGAGGAGUUACAGAGACUCCAGGCUGAACUCAAGAAGGAAGAUUCCCAAAACGCCCAACUGAAGGAGCGAGCGGAUGUGUUCUCCAAGAUGCCAGAGAAAAAUUUCGUCUUCUCCGGAAAGACGGGAAAGGCCGACGACGCGGAGGAGUUUGAGAUGAAGCCGCACAUCAGGUACCCGAUGGAAGAGGGAACGGCGCUCAUCACGUUCGAGGAGGAGGACGUGGCGGCAAAUAUUCUGGAAAAGAGGAAACAUAAGGUGGAUCUGGGAGGAGAGUGCCACAUCACGGUGGAGGCCCAGCCGGUUCACCUGAUGAUGCCCAGCCUGGUGGAGAUCGACACGGACAUCUGUCCUCACCGGGUUUUGGUGUCCAACCUGCCCAAGAUGGACACGGAGAUGCUGCUGAACAAACUGGAAAUCCACUUCUCCAAGUCCAAAAAUGGAGGCGGCGAGGUGGAGUCCUGCGACUUCCUGCCCGACUCGGGGACGGUGGUCAUCGCGUUCGUGAAGGACAAGAUUGCAGAAGAUUUGGCACUAACAGAACACCAUAAAGUAGAUUUCUACAAAAACAAGCACAUAGUGAGGGUGACGCCUUUCGUAAACGGAACAAUCACAAACUUGGAGACCCGGACCUCUAUGUGCCCUCGGACCGUCCUGCUGACGGGAAUCCCGGACGUCAUGGACCGGGAGACGAUGCAGGACAUGCUAGAGAUCCACUUCCAGAAAAACGGCAACGGCGGCGGCGAGAUCGAAGCCUUCCUGUACAACCCGGUGGGCCAGCAGAUCCUGGCGCUGUUCGGCAGCGCCGCCCCAGAACCUGAAGAGGAGGAGGAGGAGGAGUAGAACCGGCUGCUCCAGAACCGAACUGACCGCCAGCCCUCUGAGAAACAUCUGGACUCGGUUUCUGAUGGACCUCAGCCAAAUUCUGCUCUGUUAUCUGUUGUUUUGGGAAUAAUCGGAAUGGUGAACGGUGCAUAACUGGAAAAUCAAGCAAAUUUAGAUUCCCAGAUGAAAAUUAGUGCCAGUUUUAUCGCAUAUAUAUAUAUAUAUAUAUAUAUAUCUAUGUUAGGGCUGUAACAAACGACUAUCUUAGUAAUUGAUUGUUCAGACGAUUAAUCGAUUGUUCAGACGAUUAAUCGGAUAUUUACACGAUUAAUUGGGUAAAAAAUGGACACAUUCUGCUGAUUUUUUAUUUAACCACUUAAGUUUUUUUUUUUUUUAAACAAUAUUAGAAAUACAAUAAAAUAUUGAAAUGCUUGUGUUUGGUCCUUGAUUACAAUCAAGAACGGU